UCUCUUUAUUAUUUUUAUUUUUUCUCAAGAAAAAAUUUGUAAACAUGUGAGCCGGCACUUUGCCUCUGUUUGCUUUGAAGGAAAGACCUUAACGUAUUUUUUUUUUUUUUUAUCAAACUGAAACAAUAUAACAGUGUUCAACUGUUUUCGUUCAAUUAUAUUUUUAAAGAAUAGAAUCUUGUUUUGUCAAUCAAUUAACAAUGGAAAAAAAAAAAUCACAACUUCCAAUAGACCUUCAGCUUUAUCAAUUCAGAUUAUCAGGAGAAACUGGAUAUGCAGAUUGUAUUGAUAUAGCAAUUGAAAGACUAAAACUUCUUCACAUGAUACAUCAAAUGAAAAUUGAUAAAAAUGAAUUAAAACUGGAAGAACAAUUAUCAUAUUUGAUUCAGUUAUUAAAAUCAACUGGUGAUUCUACGUUUUUAAGAUUACUUCAAAGCAAAGGACACCUCGUGGAUGAUAUUAUGAAUGAUCGUAAAAAAGAUUACAUGUCAUUCUUCUUUUUAAGCUGGGCCAUGUGUACAACUGAUAAUGAUCUUAUUGUACAAUGGUGGUAUGAAGGAGAAUUACUCUUGUUUAAAUUACGAGCAUUAUCACUUGAUGAUAGGGGUGUUUAUAAUUUUGUACACAUUAAUAAAUUGCCAUAUGAAAUUCUUUGUCAAACAGAAGCUCAACUAUUAUGGCUUAAAGGAUCGGAAUUUUAUGGUGAAAAUUUAUGUGACACAACUUUUUUUUUCGAGGUACCAAGAACAUAUGUCAGACACUUGGUCAGACAAAGAUUAGUUCUACAUCGUGGUGAUAUUGCUUUACUAUCAGCACCACUUCUUCGUUGUGAACUUUAUCCAUAUUACAGUGAUAUUCUAAUAGUACACUGGGCAGACUCACUUGCUUUUGUUGAAUCUGAAGAAGCUAAAAGCGAAACAGUAAGAAAGGUCAUUGAAGUUGUUAAAAUAAAUUUUGGUGAUCUUCCUAAUAUUGAUGCUCAAUUAGCACUCUUCAAGCCAACAGAUACAGCUGAAAAUAUGUGUUGUAGUCUUAGUAAUUCAAAUAUUGAUGAGAUUGCCAUUAAUUUAUUUCCACCUUGUAUGUUAAAAAUCCAUGAAAAAUUACGUAAAAAUCAUCACUUGUCAUAUUUCCAUAGACUUCAGUUGACUACUUUUUUGAAAAAUAUAGGAAUGUCAAAGGAAAAUGUAGAUUUUUAUUUACGAAAUGAGUUUACUAAAAAAAUAGAAGAUAAAAAAUUCACUAGUGAAUAUGUGUACAACAUUAAGCAUACUUAUGGAUUAGUUGGAAAAAUGGUACCUUAUCCACCACGAGCUUGUAAAUUUAUAUGUCAAGAUCCAAAUAACUUUCAUGACGGUAACGGUUGUUCAUUUGUUGGUGACAUUGAAGAUUUACAUCUAAAAAUGAAGAAAGAAAAUAUACCAGAAAAAAAAAUCAAUACAAUUAAAAAAUGUGCAGCAAAUGGGGAUUAUUCUGUAGCUUGUUCAAAGUAUUUUGCUGCAAAAUAUAAUUGUAAAGAACCACCUCCAAUGAAAUAUCCAGUCAAUUAUGUUAAACUUAGCAUAGAAGAAAGAAAUGGUCCAUCACCACCACCAGAACCAUCAUCAUCAACAUCAACAUCAACAUCAACACAUGAAUCAUCUAAAAAGUUGUAAUUAGAGGCUGAAUCAAAGACUGAACCUGAAGUAAUUAUCCUUUAAAUUAUAGCAUCAUUAUGAUACUGAUAAUUUGAUUAAAAUUAAAAUAUUCAGUUUCAGUACUUGUAUUAUUAUUCUUAUUAAAUAUUAAAAUGUUACUUGUUUAAAUGAUGCUGGACAACAAAAAAUAAAUAUUUAAUUUUCAAU